CUGAGGACGCGGCUGGGGGCCGCAGCUACUAGAUGGGGCUGCGAGCUGGCGGGGCGUUGGGCCGCGCGGGCCGGGGGGCGCCCGAGGGGCCCGGGGCGAGCAGCAGCGCGCAGGGUGGCAGCAUCCACUCGGGCUGCAUCGCCGCGGUACACAAUGUGCCAAUGAGCGUGCUCAUCCGACCACUGCCGUCGGUGCUGGACCCGGCCAAGGUGCAGAGCCUGGUGGAUGCAAUCAGGGAGAACCCGGACAGUGUGCCACCUAUCGACGUCCUCUGGAUCAAAGGGGCCCAGGGUGGUGACUACUACUACUCUUUCGGGGGCUGCCACCGCUACGCAGCCUAUCAACAGCUUCAGCGUGAGACCAUCCCUGCCAAGCUGGUGCAGUCCACCUUAUCUGACCUCCGAGUGUACCUAGGCGCGUCCACACCAGAUCUGCAGUAGCAGCUUCCUUGGCACCUGCUGCUGCCGCAUCCAGGAAGAGACAUCUGGACCCCAGCAGGCGGGCCACACAGAAGGGCCAGCAGGGGCACCCCUCUGCACAUGGGGUGGGGUCUGACCCUUGGCACCUUUUUACUAGCUGCCAGGCCUGGAACUCAUGCUAAGUAACAUGGGAGCCGCUGUAAGAGUGGGGUCAGGGGCCUCAUCCCUGAGCAAGGAGGUGAUGUGGAGAUUAUCUUUAUGCUGUCCUAUUAAGUGGACUACUCAGCUGCAAAUAAACACAGGCCUAGGUGACAGGGACUUGAACAAAGAAAGGCUGAGUUCUGGAGACAAAUAGCCAACAUGCUAUUACUACAGUAACUCAACAGAGAUAGGAUUUAUGUCUGAAAUCCUUUCGUCCCUGUUGCUUGUUACCUUAUGGUCCAAGAUGGCUGCAGUAUCUCCAGGAAUAAUGUAUGAGUCCAAGGAAGAAAGGAGUGAGAGAAGAGGAAAGGCCAACACACUGGACAUGUCAGCUUCCAUCAGAAAAUGUAACCUGUCCCACUCUGUCCUGUAUAUUUCCACUUAUGUCUUCUUGGCCAGAGCUAGCUACCAUUGCCCUAGCUUUGAAAAAAGCCAAUUUAGCAGGGAACAAAUUCCACAGCUGAGCACACCAGUCAUGUUCCCUUUCCCGGGACUGGCCCUCUGACUCUGGAAAGAAACUUUUCUCAUCAGGAAAGAACUAUGUAUCAGUGUUACUGUGUAACCACACCCAAACUCAACAACUAGAAGUUUCUGCCCUGCCCAUAGUUUCUGGGUUGACAAUAUGGGCUGGGCUGAUCUGGGAUACUCUGCUGCCCUUGCCUGAGGUCACCAAGAGGCCACAGGCAUCUAUCACGUCAGUUGAAAUGGAUUAGCGCAGUGUCACAUGCUUGUCUGGCAGGUGCCAAGCUGUUGGCCAGGUGGUGUGGUUCUCUUCCAUGUGGUACCUCUAUGAUCUCACUUCUGAAUUAUUUUAAUCAGGGAAAAUUGUAAGAGUUUGCCCAGAUUCAAGGGGUGCAAAUCAGAUUGCACCUCUAGACAGGAGGAAGUGCAGAGAACUUGGGGCAGAGUUGACACUCAGACUUGCUGUGUGUCCUUCAUGAGAAAGUCUGGGUAAACCCCAGGGUCACACCAUCCUGCGCAGUCUGAGUCCCUGAGACACAGUCCUUGGAUCUAAGGAGAAGUAUAUGAGGGGGGCAGCAGGGGCAUCAUUGUCCACACUGGUGUGAUAGGGUGGCAGGCAGAUGUUCCAGAGGGACUUGUGGAGCACAAGAGCCUUGAAAGCUGCAGGAAAAGGUAGACCUGGUCUUACUCCCCUUGGGAAUAAGGACAAUAGCUUUUCUACCCAUUGGGAAUAAGACUGAAAUGAGAUAUAGUGCAGUGACUGUAAGUGCUAAGUGAUACCUUGCAUUGGGUGUGGGAGAGGAGAUCAGACCAUAGGAUAACUGAUCUGGAUUUUAGUAAAUUUUGUACUGAUGUUGGUCUGUUGGCUUUUACUAAAGGUGGUUUGUGACCUAUGGGAGAGGGAAGGGGCCAGGUGGAGAGUGGAUGGGAACCCUUUGUACUGUCUGCAAAUUUUCUGUGCAUCUAAAGCCAUUCCAAAAUAAAGACAUUUAAUUAAAAAAUAAAAAUAAAACGCAAGUGCAGCUGCUUCAGACAAAUGGUUCAGACUCUCUGGCUGUCUUGCUAGACUCCAGCCUCAGACUUCACUCAGCAGAGCUAGGAAGGGCCUAGGAAUGUGUUUCUAAUGUGCUCUCUGGUUAUACCGAGGGCUGUUCAGGGACCACAACCCAGAACUGCUCAUUUAUUCUGCAUCACUUAUUUUGUGUGACACCUCCCAUCACUGUCAGGACCCUGGGGCUGACCUGUGGGCGCACCUGCUGGGUGACAUCGAGCAGGGCUUCCCUCCCCUGGAGGACUGUGAAGGUGAACUGUCUACCUGGAAGUUUGUAGAGGUCAGGGAAGAACGAGGGCAGUGCUUUGUAAAAUACUGCGGCAAGAUGCUCCGGCCUCAUGAGCUCUCCUGCACUGGGCCUGGGGUAAGUGAGGUUGGUCGCACCAGAUUUAAGGGCUUUUCCUCCUUUCCGAAAGACCCAAAAGGCAGGCACUGGGAGAGAGGGUCCAACAGACUGGGUGGUGAAAGAGGUCUUG